AUGCUUUUCUUAUGCACGCGUCUCAACCUAUGUUCGACCACAGUUGGUGAACGUGCUUUCCGCUGCUUUGUUGAAAUCCUCAAGAAAUGUGGAAUUUCUGAGGGCUUUCAAAUCCCUCAAACCCCGAAUGAUCUAUCGAGCCGUGAAAUUUUUCAGCCGUUUUUACCUCUUUUCACGCCGUAUUUUCAUUUCCACAACCAACAGCUCACUACUCUUGGCGAUACUGUGAUCGAUGAUUAUCUAUCAGCCGUGCUUUUGGACUAUGGAUCCCAUUCGGGACUCUUAAUGUCUGUGAAUACCUCAAAGCAACUCAACUCCAUUUUCCAUAACCACUACUCGUUGCAGCUCUUUGCACACGAACUUCGCCUUGACGACCUCGCCAUCCCCUUAACGCACAAGAGGGCGCCGGGCGAUGUCGCGCUGGACUUUCUGGAGACCCAGCGGCCGCCUCUUCGGGACCUCGACACCGCCGGGACAUCCUUUUACCUGGCCCCCCUGCCCAGCGGGCAAAGUCCCCUCGGCUGGAAGCUGUCACACUUUAUUGGCUGCCUGCAGCGUUCGUUUGGGAACGCAGUGGGGAUGCGAGCUCUACAGUCCCUGUAUGAUUUGGAUAAUACGGGUGACGUGGUUGGACGUGCUUCGUCGUUACUCUUGCGAACGGUGGAGCGCUUCCCAGCGUCAAACGUUGCGGGGGCAUUGUUAGCCGCCCAGGGUGUCCCGGUCCGCUUUGUUGGCAAAACACGCUUGCUUCCCCAAGAUGAUCACAACCACACCGAAGGUAAAAAAAGGUCAUCCCAAGUGGAUAGCGAGGCCCAAAACUGUGACUCCAGGAAUCCCACACCGGUAAGGAAUCUUACUUGCUAUACUGAUAUCAGCUAUCGUAACGUCGAUGGUGGCCAUCCAAAUGAUCAUCUCAUCGCAUUGGGUGGGUUUGGCACUAAGCAUUCACUAAAGAAUAUUUCUCUAGAUGCCAUUGCUGACUCCAAAAAUGCACGUGAGACUCUAGCAGCCGGUCCUGGUGUAGUGGAUUAUGUCCAAAUAUGGAAGCAACGUACCGCUGAACUUGUCGAACGCAAAUUAGAGAGUCCACCGGAGGUUGUCCCGGAGGAUGGGUGGAUGACUACGGCGGAACAACGGCAGUAUAAGAACGGGCCGGCGUUUUCUCACACGGUUGAUUUUUCAUUAUUCCGAUCGUUCGCUGACGAGUAUGGCUGUUCACAGCCUGUUGACGGGAGGUGGGUUGGGAGGAGGAAGUUUAAGAAGGCAGUUCGGGAUCCGUUGUUUUAUGACAAGCGCUCAGAUAUGCGGAAUGGUGUUCCAUUCUCCACAAAUGGAGAGCCACUUCAGGAUUAUCUGGAGCGUUUUGAUCGGGCUCAUGAGCGGUUAUUUGAAGUCACAAUGUUGACCGGUAUGUAUGAGGAGCGUGUUCUCGGGAGGGCAAUCGCAUCGCGCUACACAGUAGCACGAGAGUUGGCGUGCAGGGCAUACCUUGGCGGUGUUCUAAAUGAUCUUAGCAUGCUUUUAAAUCAGCAUGAGGGCUAA